GACGAGGCCGAGUCUCCCGUCGCCCCCACAGGACGUCCCCUCCUUGGAGGAGAAGAUGAGUGAACUGGACGUGAACAACGACGGGGAGCUGAAAUUCGGCGAGUACUGGCGGCUGAUCGGGGAGCUGGCGAAGACCAUGCGGAGGGAGAAAGUGGGGAAGAAGCAGUGA